AUUUUUCUCAUUACUUUGUACGUUUCGUUCGGUUGUGUUGACUUUUUCUUAUUUAUUGUCUGCUCGGUGCGUGAAAUUAUUUGUUUUUGUGUUAUUUUAGUUAGAUUUGUUUAUGAAAUCAUUAAUUUUUUACCAAAAAACGAAAGAUAAUAAUGUUCACUUAUUAUUUGCUAUAAAAAUUGAUUGGAAAAAGUGUUAGAAAGAUAUUUUUCUUCCGUAAAUAAAACAUCACCCCUAGAUUGGAGGGUGGGAGCGCUAUGACAAAGCAACGCCAUCGGUGCCUUAUACAGUCGAUGCUGUUUUUUAGUAUCACAUUGGUGGGCAUUUUUCCACUGAUAACAGCUCAACAAGAUUUCUAUCAACAAAACCAAUACUCCACACCAUCUUCAUCGUCCUCCUCAUCAUCGAAUUAUGAUAUUUACAAUAACAACAACAAUAAUAAUCCAUAUGCCAGCAACAACAAUGAUCCCUAUAAUACCAAUAUAAAUGAUCGAACACGUUACCGAACCGAUGGCAAUAACAACAAUCUCAAUGAUCUGGAUCAACAGGAUUAUGGCGGCAAACGCCCCUCGUAUGGCGAUGAUGAACCCUCUUUGAAUCGUGGCAAAACUUCAUAUAAUGUUAAAACUUCCUUUUUGGAAGCUUAUCAUGCCAAAGAGCCCACCUAUUUUAUUGUGGCAUCACGUAUGGUCCGUCCUGGUCUCAUCUAUCAAGUAUCAGUAAACAUACUGCAGGCCCAGUAUCCAACAACUGUACAUGCCAGUAUAUCAUGUGAUGGUGUGCAAAUAAGCGGUGAAUCGAAAGAAGUGAAAGAAGGUGUGCCGGAAACCUUGCUGAUGCGUGUCCCACCCACCAGUGUUAGCGGUGAAUACAAGUUGCGAGUUGAAGGAUUCUACAAUAAUGUCUUUGGCGGUUUGGCAUUCCUCAACGAGACACGUUUGACAUUUUCACAACGUUCAAUGACCAUAUUCAUACAAACCGACAAACCUUUGUACAUGCAAGGUGAAACAAUACGUUUUCGUACCAUACCAAUAACAACGGAGCUGAAAGGUUUCGAUAAUGCCGUUGAUGUUUAUAUGUUGGAUCCAAAUCGACACAUUGUGCGACGUUGGCUAUCAAGGCAAUCAAAUUUGGGUUCCGUUUCAUUGGAAUACAAACUUUCCGAUCAGCCAACAUACGGAGAAUGGACAAUUCGUGUUAUUGCCCAGGGACAAACGGAAGAAAGUCAUUUCACGGUCGAAGAAUACUAUCAAACACGUUUUGAAGUUAAUGUAACAAUGCCGGCAUACUUUUUCAAUACCGAUCCCUAUAUUUAUGGCACAGUUAUGGCCAACUUUACAAGCGGUGCUCCAGUCAAGGGUAAUCUAACGUUAAAGGCAUCGUUACGGCCAAUUGGCUAUUUUAGCAAUCAGGCAUUGAACGAGAAAUUCCGUUUGGGUAGAUCACCAUUGGAGAUGACAACAACACUGGAACAUGAACAUCAAUUGCGUUACAAUCAGAAUUACAAUCCCACCCAAUAUAAUCCGAACAUUAUAAAUCCAGAAUAUCCAACACAAUUGCCACAGGAUCAGCAGUUCAACUUUAAUCAAUAUGUUAUUGAACGCAACUAUCAAUUCGAUGAGGAGUGGCCAUUUUGGGUUCAGAAACCAGAUGUACCGGAAACAUUUGAUCCCUGGACAGGGGAAUAUAAGAAAACAUUGCCAUAUCUGCGCUAUUUCAAUGGUACAUUUAAUUUCAAAUGGCCAAUGCGUGAAUUGGAGACACUUGUUCCGAACUUGGCAAAUAUGGAAGUUUUGAUUACGGCCACUGUCGGAGAGAAAUUUUAUGAUGAAAUUAUUUCGGGAUAUGCCAUUGCCAGGGUAUACAAUUCGAGUAUACGGGCAAAAUUCCUUGGCGAUACUCCGCAGGUGUUUAAACCAGCUAUGCCCUUUACAGCUUAUGUGGCUGUGGAAUAUCAUGAUGGUUCACCGAUUGAUGAGAACAUACUACGCCAAGGUGUUAUGGAGGUAAAUGGUUUUGUGGAAAGUAAAUCUGGUGGUCGGCGGGAUUGGCCAGCUCAACGUUUGAAGAUGAUGUCUCAGUCACCGGGUGUGUGGGAAGUUAAAAUUGAUCUGCGCCAUGACUUGCAGUUGGAUGAGCGUCCACAAUCCAGAGAUUUCCUCAAUGGCGUUUCACAAAUGCGUUUACAGGCACAAUUUGUAGAUCCGCGAGGAGAAAGGGCACAAACUGAACUAUUGCUGGUGGCCCACUAUUCGCCACGUAAUCAACAUAUUAAAGUAACGACCAGUACCGAGGCGCCAAUCGUUGGAGAGUAUAUUAUUUUCCAUGUUCGUACGAAUUUCUUUUUGGAAGAUUUCAAUUAUUUGAUCAUGUCCAAGGGUGUAAUUCUAAUGAAUGAUCGUGAAACGAUACGUGAAGGUAUAAAGACCAUAGCAGUGGUGCUCAGUGCCGAAAUGGCUCCGGUGGCCACAAUUGUCGUGUGGAAAAUUACCCAGCAAGGACAAAUCGUGGCAGACUCGCUAACCUUCCCGGUCAAUGGCAUUUCGAGAAAUAAUUUCACAGUUUACAUUAACAAUCGAAAGGCCAGAACGGGAGAAAAGGUAGAAGUGGCCAUUUUCGGUGAACCAGGAUCUUAUGUGGGCCUAUCGGGCAUUGAUUCGGCUUUCUAUACCAUGCAGGCAGGCAAUGAAUUGACAUACGCCAAAGUUAUUACCAAAAUGUCAACUUUCGAUGAGCAGACCAAUGGAACAUAUAGACAAAUUUGGCACUCUCAUGCCGGCAAUCCCGAUGAAUUGGUAUAUUAUCCAGCCUCUUCUUUUGGCAUCGAUGCCAAUCGCACAUUUGAAUAUUCCGGUUUGGUGGUCUUCACAGAUGGCUAUGUGCCAAGACGCUACGACAAUUGCAAUGCCUCACUGGGUUAUGGCGAAUGUUUGUCCGGUCGCUGUUAUCGCUUGGAAAAGAAAUGUGAUGGCCUGUUCGAUUGUGAUGACGGUACCGAUGAAAUCGGUUGCCAUGUACGCAACGAUACCGAUUUGGAAAAUUAUCGCAAAUAUCGUUUCAAUCGUGUUCUGAGACAUUAUGAAAAUGUUUGGCUUUGGCGUGAUGUUAAUAUUGGCCCUCACGGACGUUAUAUCUUUAACAUUGAGGUACCCGAUAGACCUGCCUAUUGGAUGGUUAGUGCAUUCAGUGUCAGUCCCUCGAAAGGUUUUGGCAUCUCCAAACAGCCCAUUGAAUAUGUGGGUGUACAGCCGUUCUUUAUUAAUGUUGAAAUGCCAACGGACUGUCGCCAGGGUGAGCAGAUCGGUAUACGUGUGACGGUGUUCAAUUACAUGACAACACCAAUCGAGGCAAUUGUGGUGUUGCAUGGAAGUCCCGACUAUAAAUUUGUCCAUGUUGAAGAGAAUGGCAUUGUACGAUCAUAUAAUCCACGCACAUCAUUCGGUGAACAUCAAUUCUUUAUUUAUUUGGAAGCUCAGGGUACGUCGAUUGUAUAUGUGCCCAUAGUACCACAACGUUUGGGUGACAUUGAUGUCACCUUGCACGUGGCCACACUCUUGGGUACAGAUGAGAUAACACGUCGCCUGCACGUCGAAGCUGAUGGUUUGCCGCAAUAUCGUCAUCAAUCUAUUCUGCUCGAUCUCUCCAAUCGUGCCUAUGUCUUUGAAUAUAUGCAUGUUAAUGUUACACAAACUCCGGAGAUACCCUAUCAAGCUGAUCGUUACUUCGUCUAUGGUUCGAAUAAGGCACGUAUAUCAAUUGUGGGCGAUGUUGUGGGACCCAUUUUCCCAACCAUGCCAGUAAAUGCCACCUCUCUGCUCUAUUUGCCCAUGGAAUCAGCUGAACAAAAUGCUUUCUCAUUUGCCGCCAACAUGUAUACCCUACUGUAUAUGCGUCUCAUUAAUCAGAGAAAUAAAACGCUGGAGAAGAAUGCUUUCUAUCACAUGAACAUUGGUUAUCAACGCCAGCUGAGCUAUAUGAAACCGGAUGGUUCCUUCUCGCUGUUCCGUUCCGAUUGGAACAAUUCAGCAUCGUCAGUAUGGUUGACAGCAUAUUGUGUACGCAUUUUCCAGGAGGCCUCUUUCUAUGAAUGGGAAAACUUCAUCUACAUCGAUUCGACAAUUAUCGAGAAGAACAUCAGAUGGCUUUUGCAACAUCAAACUCCCGAGGGUGGUUUUUAUGAGACCACCUGGUUGCCAGAUCGUAAAAUGAAUCGUACGAAUUUCGCCAACAAUACAGCACUGCAGAAUCGUAACAUUACCCUUACCUCACAUGUACUCAUUACACUGGCCACAGUCAAGGAUUUGUCCGGUUCACUGGGAGCACGUGUAGCGCUAGCACAGCAGAGGGCUAUUUCAUGGAUAGAACGUAAUAUGCAAUUCUUACAAGAUACUCCAGAACCCUAUGAUGUUGCCAUUGCGGCAUAUGCCUUGCUCUUGAAUAAAUCUCCAAUGGCUGAGCAUGUCUUUAGCAUUCUACAGAGGCAUGCACGUAUUGUGGGUGAUUUUAUGUAUUGGGGCAACAGUGAACUGCCGCCUCCUCCUAAAAAAUUGGAAAAUCAGAAAUGGUUCUCGUUGCCACGUCUGCCCUACGAAUAUGAUUCGCUUAAUAUAGAGACGACAGCAUAUGCCCUGUUGGUUUAUGUAUCGCGGCGUGAAUUCAUUAUAGAUCCCAUAGCACGUUGGUUGAAUGCCCAACGUUUGAAUGAUGGAGGCUGGGCCUCAACACAGGACACCAGUGCUGCUCUACGGGCCUUGGUUGAAUACACAGUUCAUUCACGUAUUCGUGAGGUAUCCUCAUUGACGGUGGAAAUAGAGGCAUCAUCACAGGGUGGAAAGACUCAAACCCUACACAUUGACGAUAAGAAUUUAGCCCAACUGCAAUCGAUAGAUAUUCCCAAUGCUUGGGGCACGGUGAAAGUUCAGGCCAAGGGUGCAGGUUUUGCCAUUCUUCAAAUGCAUGUCCAAUACAAUGUUGACAUAGAAAAAUUCCAAACUAAGCCACCGGUACCGGCUUUUGGUUUGAAGGUGAAACCCAUAUUCCAUGGCCGCAAUCAGUCUCAUAUUUCCUAUUUGGCAUGUCAAAAUUGGAUUAACCGUCAAGAAUCAGAACGUUCUGGCAUGGCUGUUUUAGAUGUCACCAUACCAACCGGUUAUUGGAUACAGCAACAAAAAUUGGAUUCAUAUGUCCUAAGCAAUCGUGUACGAAAUUUACGUCGGGCUAAAUACCAGAACUCGAAAGUUAUUUUCUAUUUCGACUAUCUUGAUCAAGAAGACGUAUGUGUUAAUUUCACCAUUGAACGUUGGUAUCCUGUGGCCAAUAUGUCCAGAUAUUUACCAAUACGUGUCUAUGACUACUAUGCUCCUGAACGUUUCAACGAAACUAUAUUUGAUGCCCUGCCAACGUACCUAUUAAAUAUAUGUGAAGUAUGUGGCAGUUCACAGUGUCCAUACUGUUCCAUAUAUAACAUGGGAUGGAGAGCUUCUAUGUCGGUGUCAUUGAUUUUCUUUAGCGUUUUUGUUUACUUAAUGCGCAGUCGUACACAUGUUCUGCUCAAUGUAAUACAUUUAAUGGGCGUUUAGCCGAUUAAUAGCCAGUCCAAAAUACCACAAUAAUUUCCCAAGAAGUAGUAAAUCAAGUGUAUUAUUAGUGUUUUUUUUUUUUUUAUUAUUAUUAUUUUGUAAGAAACAAAAAGUCAACCAACGACGAUUUGUGGAGAAUCGUAAUGCAAAAAAUUCCAAAUCGAAUAUAUAUAUUUUUUUUUAAUUUUGCAAUAACAAUUGAAAACAUAUCCGUCCAGAUAUAUAAUCACUUUAGAAGAAAAAAAAAACGAAAACAUAUUUUUUAAAUUUAGUUUUAAGUUUUAUCAAAUUGAAAGAAAACAAAAAAGAAAUCUCUCAGAUGUACAAAAUAAUUCAGAACUAUUAAAUACCAAGAGAUCAAUUACCAUAGAUAGCCUUGCAGCACUAGGAACUUUUCAGGCAAAUUAUACAAUAAUGCCAGCCAUUUCAUUGAUCCCUUAUUUUCUUUAAUAUAUUUUUUCUUUUCUAAUUAUCUACAAUCAUUUUGUAUAUAAUCAAGUGAUGAAAUUCACAAUAUUUUUUGGAAAGCUUUAUAUGACAAAAUUUUUAACCAUGAAAAAUGAAUUUGUUUCUCUUUUAUACAAAACUAUAACUAAAAAAAAACACACGAAGUGUGUUGUAAUCUCGAAUUGUUUUUUCUAUGUUUUUGUCUCAAAUUUCAACAAUGCCACAAGUGUCUUAUAUUCAAGCAUUUAAGUAAAAACAAAGAAUCAACAAAAAAAAACCAUUAAUGCCUUAGAUUUUAGAAAUCAUAGAUCAUAUUAUAUACACACAAAAUUGGAAAAAUGUAUUGUCUUGAAUAUCUAUAUGUUUUAAAGUAAAAUUACAUGAAUUACGUUUCUGUCUAAAAUAAUAUAUAAUCUAACGAAUCUCGAUAUCCCUCCUCACUGUUUGCAUUGUAGUUUAGUUCAAUAGGAUUUUUUUGAUAUAUAAUACAUAUUUAUACCUACAUCCAUAUCAAUGAUUAUAAUCUUUGCAAUAAGAGUAAAUUAUAUACAAGCAUACUACUUACCACCUUUGCAAAAUAAGGCAACUGAAAUCCUUCCGUCCUAUAAUAAUUGAAUUAUUUUUUUAUAUAUAGAAGAGAAUAACCAUUAUUUUUUAAAAGAAAAAUGUUUUGUCUCAUUUAUACAAAAAGUUUUAAAUAAUACAAAAAUGUCAUUAAAAAAUAAAAACA